AUCACCUGCACGGUCGUGCAUCUAACGCGUACAGGAUUAUAUUGUACCAACCAAAUUACUUGCAGGCUUGUAAGCUGUAAUACCAAUUGCCAACCAUGAUUCAACUUAAUUUAAUCUUAUGACAACAAUUUAAACACAUUAAAACAACAAAUUUUGAUAAAACUUAAUGGCUUUUUCUUAAAUUAUAUGCUAAUUUAGCAAUGGAUGGUUUAUGAUCACUUGCUAAAACAGGCAGAUUUUAAGUUUAGAGUAUUGACAGCAGUUUUUUUUUUUAAGGUAAUAAGGAGGAAAGAAUAUCAACAAGGGAGAUGAUAUUUCUUGCUUGCUGCAGCACGGAUUUCCUUGACGAGGAAGACCGUACCAGCAGCAGCAGUAGCUCGGCUGAGACGCCGAGGAAGAACAGGAGGAAGAAUAGGAGAAGGUUUAUUGAUAGGAGAUCACAAAGUAUAAAGGGUAAUUAUUUCACUGAUCAUCAUUCCAAAAUGAUGUCCAUUUCUACUGUUGUUAAGACUCUUUCUUUGAGAACUACUGCUACCAAAGGUAAAAAACAGCAUCAAAAGAUGCUCGAGUAUGCCGAGAGAUCAGUCGUAGACCAGAAAAUUUCAGCUCAGAUUUUCACAUUUCGACAAAUGGCUAUGGCGACAAACAACUUCUGUAUCGAAAACCUCGUGGGUGAAGGUGGAUUCGGGAGGGUAUACAAAGGGUACAUCGAGGGUAUAGACAAGAUGGUGGCUGUGAAGCAACUUGACAGGAAUGGAAUGCAAGGAAACAGAGAAUUUCUUUCUGAAGUUUUCAUGCUCAGCCUUGUCGAUCACCCAAAUCUGGUCGAUCUGAUUGGAUAUUGUGCUGAUGGAGAUCAAAGAAUCUUGGUUUAUGAGUACAUGGCUGGUGGCUCAUUGGAAGAUCAUCUUUUAGAUCUUCCACCAGAGGCGAAACCAUUGGAUUGGUUUACUAGGAUGAAGAUAGCAAGGGGCGCUGCAAAAGGGCUCGAGUACUUACACGAGACUAGCAAGCCACCAGUGAUCUAUCGUGAUUUCAAGGCAUCAAACAUACUAUUAAACGAAGAAUUUAAUCCUAAACUCUCUGAUUUCGGACUUGCUAGGAUAGGUCCAACCGGAGAAAAGGACCAUGUAUCAACUAGAGUCAUGGGUACCUACGGAUAUUGUGCACCCGAGUAUGCGAUGACUGGUCAGCUUACCACAAAAUCCGAUGUUUAUAGCUUUGGAGUUGUAUUCCUUGAGCUUAUCUCAGGGAGGAGAGCAAUUGAUACUACUAAACCAACUUCUGAACAGAACUUGGUUAGUUGGGCUAAACCACUAUUCAAGGAUAGGAAGAUGUUCAAAACAAUGGCGGAUCCAUUGCUAGAAGAAAAGUAUCCUGUCAAAGGCUUGUAUCAAGCCCUUGCAGUCGCAGCUAUAUGUCUUCAAGAAGAAGCUAGCACACGACCUCUAAUAAGCGAUGUUGUAACUGCUCUCGAGUUCCUUGCAUCACCCGAAGAUGACCUUGGAAACCUUAGAUCAAAUUCACUCGUCAUAAAAGUUGUCGAGGAAGUAGACAGAGAGAGCGACCAAGAGAAACAACAACAACAAGACUUAGACAACGAAGGACAUGCACACGAAAAUAAAGAGGAAAAUCAACAUGAGUACAUAGUACAAGAAGAUUCAUGACUCGAAAUCACACUUUGAUGCUCAAAGGACAUGAAUCCUCCUUCAGUUAAACUGGUCACCCUCCUACAUCUAAUAAUUCUGUGAGAUAAUUUUCUGAGACGUAGAUUUUAGACCAUCCAUCUCUUUGUAUUUAUGAAAGAGCUAGUGUUUGUAGAUUGUGGCUAAAAUUUCUUUCGCAGUGACCAGAAAUUAAAAUUCAAGGUCAAAUUAUUCCCUUUGCGAGGGACUUGUUUUUUAAGCUCCCUACCGGAAUCAAGAACACUUGUUGAAAAGGCCAAACAGAAACAAAUUCUUUAUUAUCACAAUGAUAUGAUUGUAUACAUAUAAUUCUCGAAACCCCGCCUUAGGGGAAGCCAUUUGACAUUGAAGGCUGAAAACAAGGUGCUCAUAUGUCAAACUUCAAAUAAAAAAACUGUUGUUUUGAUGUAGUUGCUUCAAAGAGGUGAGAUCAAAUUUGGGCACAUAUUCAUGCUAUGAAUAGUAUACAAAUCGGUGUCGGGUGUUGAUUUCAUCGAUUAAAUAAAUUUAUCAUACGAGAUUAAAAUCAAGCUAGGAAAUGCGUAAAGGAGUCCACUCCACAGUCCAAACUUCAUAAACAAAUUCCAAUCCGUACCUUCCUCCAUCGGCUCUCAUGAUCAAGGCUUGGCUAGCUCAAGAAAUCCCCAAGAAAGGACCUUAGGCUAGCUAAGUCCAUUAACGAGAGGGAGUGAUGAUUCUAAACCAUGUAAAAAUCCCAAAAACUCGUAAACAACAAAUUCAUCAUAAGAAUCAUCCUUUGUAACAGAUGAUAAAGCCAAUUCAAGCAAUGAUCAUCUAAAGCAUCUAACACUAAUUAAUAAGAUUACUUGCACAUUGUGAUGUGAAUUAAAGUACUAAUCAGAUAUUAGUAUCAGCCUUAAGGUUUUUAUGACCAAACCCAUCAAACUUCUUGUUUUCUAAAACAUCUACAACAGAACACAUAAUGGGCGGAAAAAUUCUGUUAUUACUUGUUAUUAUUACUGUUGCUGCUACUGCUGCUAUUGCUCCGCUUCGUUCUCCAACUCAUGCUCAACAAUGACCCCAACGAAGCUGUGUUUGCUCGACUAGUUUGAAAACUAGCUGCACUACUAGUGUUGCCUACAUCGAGUUUCUUAGAGGCUUCGCUAUGAUCUAACUCGAGCCUUCGAAAAUACUCGAUCUCCUUCCUAACUAGUGAUCCCACCGUGCCUCUAGUGCCUAUUGCUAAUGGAGCUGCUGUGCCCAUUUUUUCUGUGAUGAGUAUGUUGUUUAAGGACUUGAGGUUAAGGAACUUCCUUUAUAAAACAUAGUUCUACAA